CUUAGUAAGGCUACUCAUUAAUGUCACAGAGGUUGACUGCUUUAGAAGCAGAUCUUUGCAAAGUUGGUUCAAGUGAUCCAGUUACCUUUGCCUCAACAAUUCUCAAUGCAUACACUCAGAAUCCGCACCUGAAGCAGCAUAGUGCUUACCACAGUUUAGAUGUAAUUGAUAGGUGCUUCUCGAGAAGAACAAUGGAAGAGAUUAUAUCUGCACUUGAGAGAGAGGCCACUCAGAAACCAGAUGAAUGGAUCUCAGCUACCAUUCGAGAUUUGAAGAAGGCAUCACCAGCAAGCCUUAAAAUCUCUCUUAGAUCGGUUAGUUCCUCAAAAUGUGUCACGUAUAAUAAUGGGAUAGAGCUGACUCUGUGUAUGAAAUUUCAGAUAAGAGAAGGGCGGUUUCAGGGGGUGGGAAAGUGUCUUAUCCGUGAGUAUAGAAUGGUGUGUCAUGUGUUGAAAAGAGAAAUAAGCAAAGAUUUUGUGGAGGGUUGCAGGGCCGUGGUGAUAGACAAAGAUAGGAACCCAAAGUGGGAGCCACGGAGUCUGGAAGAAAUGAAGGAUAACAUGGUGGAGAGGUACUUCGAGAAAGUGGAUGAAGAGGAUCAAUGGAAGGAUCUAAAGCUUUCACCAAGGAAAAAUUUGCCUGCUUUAAUAAUCGCAAAGCUGUGAACUAGAGAAGGUGGUGAAGCUGAUGUGUGAUCGUUCGUUGGUUGGAGCUCAAAUUUCAUUGGUUGUCACGCGACCGUUUCCUUAUGUUUUUUUUUGGUGUAAAACUUCUUUUUAAGUGGUGUAAAACUUGUGAUAAAUGCUUUAUUAUAUUUACUCUUGUCAACAACUAUGUCAGCCACUUCAUCAAAUUAUAAAUCACAUGUUUAUCCUUUUCUACCUUGGCAUCUUGCAUCCGCAUGGUACUCCCAUUCUGCAUGCUUUCUGUAUUAACGUCUGCAUCAAUGAUUGUAUUCGUCAAAACAGACUAUUGACAUCUAAAACUAUAGUUUAGAUUUUCAGUCUCAUCCACCAGAAAGUUGCCAGUCUUUCAGCAAUUUUUUAUUGGCCAGAAUCCUCCACUCUUUUGGUCAUUUUAGUAACAGUUAAUGGAAACGAUGAUUUUAGUAGAAAUCUCGAUCAUAGUAACACAAAACAUAAGAAUACUUUCCUUAAAAAAAAAAAGGUUCUCCUGUCUUUAUUCAUUAUUUUUUACUGAAAUAUGUAUGUAGGAAACAAAGGAAAAGGAAUCGAUGAUUAUUUGCAUAGACAUGGAAAAUGAGAUAAUGGUCGAGACUUCUACUAAAAUCAUCGAUUCCUUAACUUGUGGACAUGGAAAA